GCAAUUUCAUGGACUACUAUGUCAUAACCCCUUUCUUCUUUUACAACGUAUACACAUCUUGACGUUCAGCUCCUUUGCAGAACAAAAUUUAAAUGUAAAAUCUAGGGUAAAUUGCAAGUGUUCUCUAACUUAGUCAAUAAGCAAUGGACUUUAGCCGACUAUAUUCCAAACUCCUCCUCAUGUUCUCUGUAAUUGGUUGAGUUUAUUCAAGGAGAGCACUUACAUUGUUUCGUUUACAUAACACCUGCCUAUUUUACAGAAUGUGAGUCAUCUAACCAAGAGCCUUGCUUACAGGGGCGGUCACAAGAAGUUGCUGUUUUGCAACUUUAAAACGGAAACUCGAUAGUUUGGUGUCGAGACCGUUUCAUUUUUUAUACUUCGCACUUGUACUUCAAAUUGUUAAGAUUGAAAGAUUGUACGCUGUGCACUAUUGCUGAAUUACACAGAAUCGUCCUAAAAAUUUGCAACAUCAUCAUUAUUAUAAUUAUCAUAUGUAAGUCUUCACAGAUAUACUAGUUGUGAUCUUGUCAUCAUUUCCUGGACCUGUGUGCAGAAUCACGAUUUGAAGAGAUGUCUCAGGUGGUCAGUACAAGCUUGAUGCUAACAGGAUACUUGUCUUUUUUAUUGGUGGGAGCUGCUGUGUUUCAAGCUCUGGAACAGAAUUAUGAGAAGGAACUGAAGACGAACACCUUCCGUCAGAAGUUAAUGUUUCUGGAAAACUAUACAUGUUUGACGAAAGAAGCCGUUGAAAAGUUUGUAGAGGUAAUGACUGAAGCCUUCAAAAAUGGUGUGAAUCCAAUUGAAAAUAAGAUGUCCAAUUACAGUAACUGGGACUUCAGUAGUUCUUUCUUCUUCGUUGAAACAGUAGUGACAACCAUAGGAUAUGGGUACUUGGCACCACGUACUGCAGGAGGCCAGAUAUUCUGCGUGUUUUUUGCCAUGUUUGGAAUCCCCUUGAAUCUGAUUGUUCUGAACCAUGUGGGGAAGACUCUCUCUUCCUGUACUGACCGGCUGGGGAAAAGGUUGUACAGCAGAGGAAUGCAAAAGAAAACGGUGAAGAUUCUGACCAUCAUUUUCUUCGUGGUGAUUGGUGUUGUCUUGUUUCUGGCUUUACCCCCACUCAUGUUCUGUUUGAUGGAGGACUGGAGCUACAGGGAAGGAGUGUACUAUGCAUUUAUCACUCUGAGCACCAUCGGAUUUGGUGACUAUGUAGUUGGUGUCAAUCACAAGCCAUACUACCGGGCAGUAGUAGCUUUCUGGAUCCUUUUUGGAAUGGCAUGGCUGGCUCUCCUGUUUAAUUUACUGACUACUUUUUAUGAAGACACUGAAAAGAAAAUCUCCAAAGUGCACCAAAAGAGAAAGGCUGCCAAGGCCAAAAAGAACACGGCUAAUGGCUCCCAGCCGACCACUCCCAUUUCCGAAGAAGAAGUUGCCAUGGAGACUGAGGGCACUGCAUAGCAAGCAACUGUCUCGUUUUUGGAACUCGACAACUCAAGACCAAACAGUCAGCUUGCAUAAGAGGCAAAUACUACCCUCAUGACCGAAAACAAACCAGUAGCCAGCUGUCACCCACAAGUCUAAUCAGACAUAAGUUCUGUCAAGUAUAUUUAACAUUCAGGGCUGACUACUCAUAAUACAUUCGACAAGCAGCUGGUGAGCUGUGUGAUUCAGUCAGGACAGUACCUACUGCUAGUACCUACUACAAGGUCAAAGAUUGCUUGCUAUCUGUGCUGUGGGUUUUGGAUGAACAUCACAGUGAGUUGUACUGAAUAUAACAUUCAAGCCACUGUUUAUACCCAGCUCUUUGCUUUCUUCAUUUAUAUCUCUUGAUGAAGAUGAAAGCCCAACAGAUAAACAUCACAUCACAAGUUUAUAUAUUAUUGUACUGCUUCUCUUUUAAGAUAAAAUAAUGAUGCAUGCUUUCACCAAAGAAAGUACAAAAAGGAACUUCAAAAGGGCCCAAUUAUAAACUGACACUGUUUGAAAUCUUUAUAGUUCCUCUUAAUGCCUUGUUGGUUUGGGGGAUGUGGAUAGUUUUUUAGUCUGUCAAGAAAGGAAAGUAAAAUGUGUGCUCUGAGGUGGUCUAGCUAAGCUACUGUUCCUGGUGGAGCAAGAAAGUAUGUUACUUAGAAUGGGCAUUGGACUUUGCCUAUGCAAAUACAUGUUCAAAUAGACAGAGGGCAGAUUCAUUUGUGUAGUUUAGCAGCUUACUUUUUAGCAACUGCUGAACUUACUUAUAGAAUAUCUUUUCAUAUCUAUAAGUGAGAGUAGGUAGGGAGCAUUGACUCCAAGGUACAGCAGUGGUAGUGGAUUUCAAAUCUGGGGCUAAACAUCAGUCCUAUGAUAGAUUAACAAAUGUUUUGGCCUACUGUGUAGAUUAUCAAAAUAUGUAUCUAAAUGGUGCAGGAUCAUUGUUGUUAAAAAGCUUCACUUAUAAACUGUUUAUCAAUGCUGUUACUUAUAGAACUUUAAUUUGUGUUGCCAAAACAAUUCCCCAAGUGUUUCAAUAUAAAUCAGUGUGUUUGAAGAGAUCAACCAAACUACAAUAUUAGGAUCCUCUAAUAGGUAAAAUGUUUCAUAUUUUGAUACAGCAAUAGUUUUGCUGUGAUACUUCUUUUAACUAAGACUAAAAUGUGAUCCAUCAAUAGUUAUAAAGUACUACUUACAACAUCUGUUUGCUUGUGGUAUUAAAGUCAGUAUCUAUUUUUAACGAAAAA